AUGGUAGACCGCGUGGAGUGUACGGGCGUCUACAUCGACGACCGCGUCCGAUCGGAAAGAUGGGUGCGCCGAGAGUCGAUCGAUGCAUCGACACUGUCGUCUGCCGGUUCCUUGGCAGUCCCCGAUGAGCCGGAUGCACUACAGGCUAAUGUGGAGCAGCUGCUGGAAGUGUGUAGAAAGAUCUACCUCUGUCAGACCGGAGCAUCCUUUGCCAACAAGCUUGCCGAGCUCAGUGAAUACGCUGGCAAAGACUGUACCCCGAUCUUCGCUUUCUUUGGCAUUGACUUUAACAUCGACGAAUCGAAUAUCGCCCGACGGAAGGCCGGCCGCGUCUCGUGGGGAGAUACCGCUCCUCCAUCCCCCGGUUCCAUUCAACGAACUUUCACGUUCUCCUCGCAUUCGGAUGAGGCACCUGGCCUGUCACUUCUCUCCGGAGUUUCCAACGAUAUCCAAGUUCAAGAUGGCCCGAAUCUCGUCGUUCCGGUCGCCAUUCUGCGCGCCGUUGGCUCGGAUGCGCCCGGUAACGCUCCGAUGGGCCCAACCAGCGAAGCGCAGAGUCGGAGUUUGGUCACUUUGGAGCACAAGCAAAUCGCCCGGUGCCUUGAUGCAGGUGCGGUGGAUGUCUUGAUUACUCCACUUGAUCGAUCCCGGAUCCAGGGGCUAGUGGUCCAUGCGUACCGGGCACGCCGCAAUGCCCAGAAGGAGAUGUCUCGCUUCCUGGCACGGAAGAAGCUGCGCAAGAUGUCGUGGGUCGGAGUGCACGAUGAAGAGCCGUAUGCUUAUUUGAGAGAGGCAAUGGUGUCCAAACUCAUGAAGGGAAUCUGUAAUCCGGAGGAAAUCAUCGCGGAGUUUCAAGAACGCGAUCUCGAUGUCGACCGGGAGCGCGGAGCUUUCAUCAGAGAGCAGAUCGGAAGCUGGAACUUCUCCGCUCACAUCUUCACAGAGGAUGAGCUAGUCUUUGGUGCCUGCGAGAUGAUUUCUCACGCCUUCAAUAUGCCGGGGUUGGAACACUGGCGAUUGACCCCGGGUGAAUUGCAAACCUUCUUGCUCGCCUGCCGGGCCGCUUACAACUCCUUCGUCCUCUAUCACAAUUUCCGCCAUGCGAUCGACGUGUUGCAGUCUGUGUUUUGCUUUUUGCUUCGCAUUGGUGCCUUACCUCCGUACGAUCAAAUUGGCCAGACUCCGAUCACGAAAUCCCCCAUCGCCUCUCUCAUCUCACCAUUUGACGCUCUUACUCUCCUGAUCUCAGCAAUUGGUCACGAUGUCGGCCAUCCUGGAGUCAACAAUUUCUUCCUUGUCAAGCUAAAUGCCCCCUUGGCACAACUGUAUAACGAUAACUCGGUCCUCGAAGCAUUCCAUUGUGCUGCUUUCUCUCAGAUUCUUCGCCGUCACUGGCCGGCUGCGUUCAAGGACAAACAACUUCGGAAGCUGCUCAUCAGCUCUAUUCUGGCGACCGACAUGGGCGUCCACCAGAAGUUCAUGGAGCGCAUGGGAUCACUGCAGGAGAAGUUUUACGAAAACCGCAGGUCGGUCGAUGGCUGGAAGCCUCAGGAUAUUGAGCUGUACAAGACGCUUCUCUGUGGGUUGCUGAUAAAGUGCGCCGACAUCAGUAACGUGGCGCGGCCGUGGAGCAUUGCAGAGAAGUGGACUCAAAUCCUGCAGGAGGAAUUCGCCAACCAAGGCGAGAUGGAGAAAGAAGUAGGUAUGGAGACUGCACUCUUUGGCGGUCCACCGGAGCUGGGCAAUAUUUAUAAACUGGCCACAGGCCAGAUCGGAUUUAUGUCCAUAUUUGCUCUUCCACUUUUCGAAGGGGUUUCCGAUCUUCUGCCACAGCUGCAAUUCACGGCAGACCACCUCCGGCGCAAUCAGGCGCAGUGGCAGCAGCAUGCAAACGACGAGCUGCGAAAGCAGGGCCUUCCCAUGGAAAAGCGAACAGAUAGUAUUCUUUCGCCUCGUUCGCUCAGCCCGGCCGCUCCCGUCGCUGAGUCUGAGGAGAGUACACCAAAAGCUACCGCUGCUGGAGAGCAUGCUCCAGAUGACUCCGAUUCGCCUGAAUCAUCGGACCGCGCGGAAUCACAGUCUGGUGCGUACAACGAGAACAACAUCGAGCCGGUCGUGUCGCCGGACACUCCAGGUCCACAGAUUGAGAUCACCGGCACCCCCAUCGCCGGCGAGGUACCAUCAUCACGAAAAUCAUCUAGUGCCAUACCCGACCUCUCUUAUUUCUCCAUCCCGACGGCGCCGCAAUCAGCACGAGGAUCAGUUGGAAGACAAUAUCAGAAUCCUCUCACCGAUCCGACUCGCCCUUCCGGAGAGCCGGCCGUUUUAGCUGCUGCGUUGUAUGCCAACUCGGUUACGAAUGGUGGUAACGCAUCAACAAACACCGAGGAACGCGAUUACGCAAACGAGUUAGCAUCGAAUGAAAGACCGACUAGCUCUCGCCAAGGACAACAACAAAGUACGAAUCGCCACCAUGCGCACCACAGCUCCUCUGUUCGCACGUCCGGUCCGUCAAGUUCCAACCGCAACAGCUGCACUCGCACCCAAAGUGUCAGCACUUAUAGCAACAACAUGACUCCUAUCUCGCCCGCGACCAACGCAUCCAGUUUCUUGCAGGUGGACAGUGGGGAUGAGAAGCGUGUUUCGGACGACAGUGCAGCCCAGAGCGACCUUGGGGCUCCUGAUGACAGCAGCACACGUCCUAGCACGUCGUAUGCUUCCCACGCAGGAGACCAGGAGAGCACCUACAGCCGCAGUCCCAGCUUUACCAAGGACAUCAGUCAUCCGCCGUCUGAGGAUGGAAACCACAAAGACUUCCCUCAGCCAGCAGCUAAUGGCACACGCAGCCCGACCCAGUCUACCACCACCGGGGAGAGCAUCAAACAUGAAAGCCCCCAGGGACCUCCUGACGACUCUCACAAUGGUGUGCUGCGCCGCCUUCCCAAACGACGCAGUCGGCUGCGGCUCGCAUUUUGGAAGCGCCGCAACCACCAUCAGCAGGAGGUCCAUGGCGAAUCUUGA